AUGGCAGACACAACCGCAAACGUCGCCGCCGAUGAUGGUGGCGACCCUCAGGUCACCUUCAAGGUCAAGACUUCAGGCGACCGGAACCACACAAUCACCAUGGCCGAAUCCGCCACCGUCCUGGACCUGAAGCAGAAGCUUGCCGGAGAAGACCUGGAGAACAUCCCCGUCGAGCACCAGCGUCUAAUAUACUCGGGCCGCGUCAUGAAGAACACAGACCUGCUGAGCGUCUACAAGAUCAAGGAUGGUAACACGGUCCACCUUGUCAAGAGCGCCGCGAGCAACCGUGCCUCGGCCGCCGCCGGAACUUCGUCCACAUCCGCCUCGGGAGCUCCGGCAACGCCUGCUGUCCCUACCAACAUGGCCGCCGGCACUUCUGCGAGCAAUCUUCUGGAGGGCCUCACGGGCGCUCGCUUUGCCGGCCUCGCCCCUCUUCCGAACCCCGAUAUCUUUGGACCAGAUGGUGGCAUGGCUCCGCCUCCUUCCGAGGAGCAACUCGCAGAUUUACUCUCCCAGCCCGGGAUGGCCGCAAGCAUGAACGAAGCGCUCUCGAACCCCGCAAUGAUUGACUACAUAAUCCAGUCCAACCCCAUGCUGCGCAACAUGCCCAACGCACGCGAGAUGGUACAAUCGCCUCAGUUCCGUCAGAUGAUGACUGACCCAGAGUCGAUAAGAAUGGCCGCGCGCCUGCGCAGGAUGAUGGGAGGCUCUCCCGGCGAGGCCAGCGCCUUCCCCGCCCCAGGCGCAACUGACAACACUGCCGAUAGCGCCCGGUCAACAAACCAGCCGGCCGAGGGCGGAUUCCCUCUGUUCGACCCGGCUAUGCUGGCCCGCAUGUCAGGUGGCGCGGGCGGGAACCCAUUCGCAGCACUCUUCGGUCCUCAAGCUACACAAUCACCAGGGAGCACCUCGGCCACAAACCCAGCAUCAGGCACUCAGGGUACCGGCGACACUGCUGGUGCUGGAGGCCCUACCCCCAAUAAUCCUUUUGGCAUGAACCCUGAGAUAUUACGGCAGAUAAUGGGGAUGGCAGGUGCUCCCGGAGCUGGCGGUCUUGGGGCCGGUGGUCUCGGCAACAUGUUCGGCAUGGGCGCACCGAGCCCGCCCGACAACAGGCCACCCGAGGAGCGAUAUGCGGAACAGCUUAGGCAGCUGAACGACAUGGGCUUCUAUGAUUUUGAUUCAAACGUUGCUGCGCUCAGGAGGUCAGGUGGAAGCGUCCAAGGGGCUAUCGAGCACCUCCUCAACUCCUCAUGA